AUGGUACUUGACGAAGACGAAAUGAAUUGGAAUAAGGAAAAUAUCCCUGUAUACGAAGAAAACCCAACUGAGCAUGCAGAACAUUCAUCUGAAGAUGCCGAAAUUGAUUCCAUAUCAGAUUCAGAAGAAUUUGAGGAUUUCGAGAUCGAGAGUGGUGUGCAUUUUGAAGAAAACACAAUGUCGGAUUCCAAAGACGAUACUAAUUUAGAUUCGAGAAAUUGCAUGAAAGAUUUGACAACCAAAUCACGUUCACUUUCAAAAGACUGGUUAACAGAUUUGAGAAGUGAAAGUACUCGUCAGGUCCUCGCAGAGUUGAAAAUUCAUUGUUCAGAUGAAACGAGCUCCGGGGACAUAAAAGAGGCAGAAAUGUCGGAUUCAAGCGUUACCGAAGAGCUGUGUGAUCAUUUUUAUGCGCAAAAAUAUAAUUCCAUCGAUGAUCAUUCAGAUUCAACAAUCAGUUCAUGUGUGAAACAGUCAUCGACACAUGCAAUAACUGAUUUGGACAUUACAUUAGAAAGAAAUUAUGCUACCGAAAGCGCCAAGUUGGAAAAGAAAAAUUGGGUAGAUAAAGAAUGGAAAACUCAUCACAAGAAACUGCAUUCAAAUUGCUGGCAACGUAAGGUGAAAAGAAAUUAUGAAAAUAGAGAUUCUGAGUCACAAAAUAAUUAUGAUGAAGAUCAUAACGACGAAUUACAACCAACACAAUCAAAAUGGCACAAAUUGCAAUUGUGUAAAAAAUUUAAAUUCUAUUAUGACGACACAGAUGAUAGUAGUGAGAAUGAUGAUGCUGAUGAUAAUGACAAUGAUAAUACCAAACGUGAUUGUGAUACUGUGGAAGAAUUCAUUACACCACCGUUGAGUACCAUCCCGGGUAUUGAACUAGAAUACAGGCCAGAAGAUCUUGAUCUCAAAAAUUUAACUAAAACAUAG